ACACAUUCCUCUUCUUCAGAUUCCCUCUCUCUCUAUCUCUAUCACCCACAAAGAAAAUAAAAAUCUGAUUUUUUUUUGCUCCUGACGUUGCUGUUUUAAUCUGUCUUACGACACCCAACAAUUAUUAAUUUAAGGCUCUGUAGAGAAAGGAAUAAAAAAACGAUGAACCUUUCUUCUUCUUCUCUCUCUAUAAAUCUGUCUCCAACUCAUCAUCCUUUUCUUCCUAGCACGACCACAAACACAAACACUUGUUCUUCUUCUUCCUCUGCAACUACUUGUUCCCCCAGGUGUUCUUUCGUUAGCUCCCCUGUUUCCCUCGGUGCUUCGUGCCCCCGGAGAUCAUCACCCGUUAGCUUGAUUCGCAGGAAAAGUCAGAGUUUCUUCGCCGGACUUGAGGUGGUUUCUGCUUCUUCUUCUGGGUCCAGCGGUAUGACUAUUACUGAAGCUAGAGGGGAAGGUGACGAAUCGGAGAUUGAAGCUCCUCUUCUCGAUCCCGAGUCUUACUCAAAGCCCAGGAGAAUUGCUCUUUUUGUUGAGCCUUCUCCAUUCGCAUAUGUCUCAGGAUACAAAAACAGAUUCCAGAACUUCAUUAGGUAUCUACGUGAAAUGGGAGACGAGGUUAUAGUCGUGACGACACAUGAAGGUGUUCCCGAAGAGUUCUAUGGAGCCAAAGUCAUUGGAUCUAGAAGCUUCCCUUGCCCUUACUACCAGAAGGUUCCCCUCUCGCUUGCGCUUAGUCCUAGAAUUAUCUCCGAGAUUGCUCGCUUUAAGCCUGACAUUAUACACGCUUCUUCUCCUGGGAUUAUGGUUUUUGGAGCUCUGGCAAUAGCAAAAAUGCUAUCUGUACCAAUAGUAAUGUCUUACCACACGCACGUCCCUGUAUACAUUCCAAGAUACACUUUUAGUUGGUUGGUCCAACCAAUGUGGUCAAUUAUCAGAUUUCUUCACCGAGCGGCUGAUCUUACAUUAGUUCCUUCCGCUGCCAUUGGAAAAGAUCUUAUUGCAGCUGGUGCAACCGCAGCUAAUCAACUUCGACUUUGGAAUAAGGGUGUUGAUUCAGAAAGCUUUAAUCCUCGUUUCCGUUCUCAAGAAAUGCGUAUAAGACUGAGUAAUGGUGAGCCAGAAAAGCCUCUAGUGAUCCAUGUAGGACGUAUUGGCGUAGAAAAGAGUUUGGAGCUUCUAAAAAGUGUAAUGGACAAGUUGCCUGAAGCUCGGAUUGCUUUCAUUGGAGAUGGUCCCUACAGAGAGGAUCUUGAGAAGUUGUUCGCCGGAAUGCCAGCGGUUUUCACGGGGAUGUUACAAGGGGAGGAACUCUCACAAGCUUACGCAAGCGGAGAUGUGUUUGUGAUGCCAUCAGAGUCAGAGACGCUUGGCCUUGUGGUUCUUGAGGCCAUGGCUUCAGGUCUUCCCGUUGUUGCGGCUCGAGCUGGUGGAAUCCCUGAUAUCAUCCCUGAAGAACAGGAGGGCAAAACGGGGUUUCUAUUCAACCCUGGAGAUGUGGAAGACUGCGUGACGAAGCUGAGAACUCUAUUGCACGACAAGGAAACAAGAGAAAUCAUAGGAAAGGCGGCAAGAGAAGAGACGGAGAAGUAUGAUUGGAGAGCAGCAACGACCAAGAUACGCAAUGAGCAGUACGGAGCAGCGAUAUGGUUCUGGAGGAAGAAGAAAGCUCAGGUUUUGGGACCAAUCAAUUGGUUGGUUAAACGACUCUUUCCUGUGCCGCCUGAAGUUAACGCCUAGAAGAAGCAAUCAAAGUGGAUCUGGUUGAAAUGUUACUAUCUUUACAUACUUGGUUGGAUUGCUUAUGUGCUUAUGGAAAACUUGGACGUUGUAAAAUGUGUCUGUGUCUAAUGGGUGGGGGGUUUAAAACCUGGUUUGGGCUUUGGCCUUUAGGGUUUGAUAUUUUCAGAUAAACUACUUUGUGUUUUUCAUGUAUUAAAUUUUUUCGUUAUGUAUAAAAAUGCAGGUUGUUUAAUGUUUU